AAAAACAAAACGUUUAGGCAAAAUUCGAAGUUGCGCCAUUCAUGUUUUGAAAUAAGCUAACGCCGACCGUUUAGAUUUCUUCUCUCUUUUAUCUUCUUCUCUCAUUUGAUCCCAAAAGAUUUUCAAUCAGUCACUCCAUAUCUCUCUCUCUCUCUCACUUAAUCAGACAGUGAAGUGUGUUUUUGCCCCCAAUCUGAGAUUUUUUUCUCGUUUGCGAUUUGGGUUUAAAUUGGGGACCAUUGUGGUCUCUGUCUAGUUGAGAUCUGAUCGCUUCCGUUUACGUCCUAAAGGUAUACAUGGACGGAGGGGAGAAUAGCUUUGUUUGGUAAUGUUUUUGGAGUGCAUGUUGCAGAGAGAAGAAAAGGCAGCUGUAUGGGAACUGGAGUUACUAUUUUUUCUUAUUCAUUGAAGAGAUAUGGAAAGUGAGUGUUCACCACCAGCAAUCUCAACUCCUCCUCCUAAAGGGCUUACUGAAGGGAACCCCUCGAAAACGCGUCACGGGAGGACUAGUGGCCCUGCUAGACGUUCUACCCGAGGUCAAUGGACAGCAGAAGAGGAUGAGAUUUUGAAAAAAGCUGUCCACAAUUUUAAAGGAAAAAACUGGAAGAAGAUAGCUGAAUAUUUCAAGGAUCGAACUGAUGUCCAAUGCCUCCACAGGUGGCAGAAGGUCCUUAAUCCUGAACUUGUUAAAGGGCCGUGGACAAAAGAGGAAGAUGAUAUGAUUGUUCAGUUAAUCCAAAAAUAUGGGCCUAAGAAAUGGUCCACUAUUGCUCGGUAUUUGCCUGGCCGUAUCGGAAAGCAGUGUAGAGAAAGGUGGCAUAAUCAUCUCAAUCCUGCCAUAAACAAGGAAGCUUGGACUCAAGAAGAAGAGCUGGUUCUGAUUCGUGCUCAUCAAGUUUACGGUAAUAGAUGGGCAGAGUUAACAAAGUUCUUGCCUGGAAGGUCGGACAACGGAAUUAAAAAUCACUGGCACAGUUCAGUUAAGAAGAAACUGGAUUCCUAUAUGUCGUCUGGCCUUUUGGACCAGUACCAAGCCAUGCCUCUAGCUCCUUUUGAGAGAAGCUCCACGUUGCAAUCUGCUUUUAUGCAGAGUACUAUAGAUGGUAGUGGACAGGCAGAGAAAAAAGUAGGCAACUGUCAGAUUCCAAGCAUGGCUGGCUGCUCUAUAUCUGUUAGGGAUUAUCAAAAUGGAAUAAUAAACAUGGGGCAACAUUUCCACCAGAAUGAGGGAGCUGUAUAUCAUUCAGAUCAGUAUUAUUAUCCGCAACUGGAAGAUAUCUCAGUCUCCAUCUCAGAAGUCUCUUAUGACAUGGAAGACUCUUCACAGUUUCCUGAUCAAAAUGUCUCGAGCCAGGAUUACCAAUAUGAUUUUCAAGAACUGUCGGAGAUAUCACUGGAGAUGGGACAAGAUAUGUCAGAGUUGCAGAUGCCAUACACCAAAGAGAGCAAGGAAACUUCUCUGGGAGCUUCAAACUCCACAUCAAAUAUAGAUGUGGCUACUACUACUACAUACACCAACUCAGAAAACAUUUCGAGUUCUGAAACAGAAUGCUGCAGGAUCCUUUUCCUUGAUCAAGAGAGUGAAGGGCUCAGUGUUGACCAGGCAGACUAUCAAGAUCCUGUUUUCUCUGCAUCAGCUUCAGACAGUCAGAAGAUUACAGAAGCUACAAAAUCUCCUAUGCAGAGCUCUUCUUCAAAGUCUAUUACAACAGCUGCCUCAGGGAAAGAAACUCUCCGGCCGGCUCCCUUAAUCAUAUCACCUGAUAAGUAUUCCAAGAAGUCAUCUGGAUUGAUAUGUCAUCCUUUUGAAGCAGAACGAAACUCCAGGAGAAAUGAAGAUGGUGGCUUCAUUACUUGUGCUAAUGAAGGGCCUAAUAACUCUAGCGAAGAAUGUCAAUCGUAUCAUUUGAAUGAUUCCAAGAAGUUGGUUCCAGUGAACGAUUUUACUUCUCUGGCAGAAGUUAAGCCACGCUCUCUUCCUAAGCAUGAGCCAAUCGAGCAGCAUCAUGAGGAUAUGGGAGCAUCAUCAAGUCUUUGUUUCCCAAGCUUGGACCUACCUGUUUUCAGCAGUGAUCUUUUACAGUCUAAAAACGAUCCGUUGCACGAUUAUAGCCCUCUCGGCAUACGCAAACUACUGAUGUCGACCGUGACGUGCAUGAGUCCCCUUCGACUGUGGGAAUCUCCCACUGGAAAAAAGACGUUGGUUGGUGCGAAGUCAAUCCUGAGGAAACGCACCCGUGAUCUUCUGACACCGCUGUCUGAGAAAAGAAGUGAUAAAAAGCUCGAGAUUGAUAUAGCAGCCAGUCUUGCAACAGAUUUUUCACGUCUGGAUGUGAUGUUUGAUGAGAGUGAGAGUCGAGAAUCAAAGUCUCUUGAAAAAAUAGAGCAAACUUGCUUGGAUGCAAAUGUCAAGGAGAAGGAAGUUGAAAAUGGUGAAAGUUUAUCUGGUGUUCUUUCUGAGAACAAUAAUACCAACAAGCAAGUGCUGUCUCCAUCUCAAACAGUAACCAAAGUAGAGAAGGGACAAGUUUCAACACCAAGGAAUAAUAUGCAGAAAACACUCAUGGCUACUUCUAACAAAGAACAACAUUCUUCUGCAAGUCUUUGUUUGGUCAUCAAUUCGCCUUCUCGUGGGAGAAACACCGAGGGUCAUCUUGUUGACAACGAGACAAGCAAUCAGAGUUUCAGCAUAUUCUGUGGAACUCCAUUCAAGAGAGGUCUCGAGUCUCCGUCAGCCUGGAAAUCUCCAUUUUACGUAAACUCUCUCUUGCACAGCCCAAGGUUUGACACAGAUAUAACUAUCGAGGACAUGGACUACAUUUUCAGCCCUGUGGAGAGAAGCUACGGGAGCAGAGGACUUAUGACACAGAGAACUGAGCAUACGAGUGCAUUUGCAGCAUUCGAUGCAAUGGAGGUUUCACUUUCAGCAAGUAACUAUGAUGAUGCAAGGAAGAUGAAGGAAUUGGAUAAAGAGAAUAAUGAUCCUCUACUGGCAGAGCGUCGAGUGCUGGACUUCAACGAUUGCGAGUCUCCCACCAAAGUAACAGAAGCACCCUCGCCAUACCUCUUGAAAGGAUGUAGGUAAAAGCUAUAGGGUAAAAGCCUAGAACCUCAAUACAUAAUAUUCAUUGCGUGUAUGUGCAUCUUCUAUAAACAGACUCUGACCCUGUUUGGAUCAAAUUCUCUGUUUUCUUUUUCUUUUAAUGGAUCAGCCUGAAUGAAUUUAUGUAGAUAAUGUGUAAUUCAAUACAAUAUUAUAUAUAUACAUCUCUCAUAAUUGCCGGCAAA